AAGACGCACACAAGACGAGACGAGAAGAGAGCCCACGCCUGCGGCUGCAACAAACACACAAAAAUCCCACUCCGCUGCCGGGCUUGCCCCGCUCCCCACCAUCCGCGCCAUGGCGCUCGUCUCGCUCCCGCUCCUGCUGCCCGCGAGCCCCAACGCGUCCUCCUCCUCAUCUUCCCGCCUCCUCCCGAGCAUCGGCGGCGGCGGCAGCAGGAGAGGGUUGGCCGGAGGAAACGGCGGCCUCUCGCUGGCCGUGCCCGCGUCUCGGCGGGGCGUUGGGUGGAGGGCGCCCGUGUCGUCCUUCUCCUUCCUGCCGUCCUUCCUCACGGGGAAUAACAAGAAGAAGAAGGAGGAGGAGGACGCGAAGAAGGCCGAGACGCUCAAGGAGGAGCUCCUCGCGGCCAUCGCGCCGCUCGACCGCGGCGCCGAGGCCACGCCCGAGGACAAGGACCGCGUCGACCAGAUUGCUCAGCAGCUGGAGGAGGUGAACCCGGCCAAGGAGCCGCUCAAGUCCGAUCUUCUCAACGGGAAAUGGGAACUCCUCUACACUACCUCAACGUCCAUACUGCAGCCACAGAGGCCAAAGUUUCUGAGGCCAUUUGGGACGAUCUACCAAGCAAUCAACGCUGACACUUUACGAGCUCAAAAUAUGGAGACGUGGCCUUAUUUUAAUCAGGUUACUGCCAACUUGGUACCUCUCAAUUCUAGAAGAGUUGCUGUCAAGUUUGAUUACUUCAAAAUAUUUAGUCUGAUCCCAAUCAAAGCACCUGGAAGAGGCAAAGGUGAACUUGAAAUCACAUAUCUUGAUGAAGAGCUCAGGGUUUCAAGAGGCGACAAGGGGAACUUGUUCGUGCUGAAGAUGGUUGAUCCAAUGUACAGAGUUCCACUACAAUGAUAACUGCGAAAUGCUAGUAAUGUGUGGCGCUACGAGAAUCCAGUGACCAUGCCAAACUAUCUAAAAUAGUUCAUUUUCUCUGUCUUGAGUCGAUUGAGGACGUGUAAAUAUUAAGAUCCGAGGAUAGUCCGUAUAGCAUAUUUAAACUGACAGGACUCUGAUGUAUAGACGAUGAAAUUGGUCUAAAUUUUAGUUCACUAUUGAAACUUCAUGGAUACAUUUGGAUUGUAAGACUGUUAAUCAUGAAGGGAAGCUUCUUUCAUGAAGCGAAACCUAUUUUCCUA